GUUUUCUGCUGACAAUGGCCAUUUCAAAGCGACAGGAUGGCAGGAGGUCAGAAGCUGGUGUUUAUGCUAACCUGAAGACGGGUAUAUAAAGGCUAAUUUUGGAUCGCACUUAAUCUGUUGCUUGUUUUGUCUUUAGAUUCACUUUGAUUAUCAGAAAUUGACUAGAUUUCAAUGAAAACAUCUCUUUUUGGGUUGAAUUUAUUGAAUAACUCAAAACUAUUUUCAAAGAGAUUUCGUUCAUCUAUUCUUCGAUUUGGAAAUCUCAACAAAUACUCUUCAAAAUCCUUUCUACUCAACUCAACCAAUUUUAAACCCUCGCUUCAUAAAUCAAUUUCCUCAUUCAACCAGUACAAUUUAAUAAAAAGACAAAUGAUGUCUACUUUAAAUGCUCCAAAAUCGUUCAGAUUGCCUGAAGUCAUUGAAAACCAUCGUCCAACUUCUUCUCCAGAGUUUGACCCUUCAACUAAUUCAAAUUACUUGAAUUUUAAUGUAUUUGAAACUAGUUUGGAUAUAGCAAUCUUAUUUGACCAAAAAAUCGUUAAAGGUGAUGUAACCUAUAUAUUAUCUUCAAACACAAGUGCUGCCAAUCAAAUUAUUCUUGACACUUCUUUUUUGAAAAUCAAUGGUGUUUCAAUUAACAACCAGGAUUUAGGUUCCAACGAUUAUUUUCUUAAGCAGAGAUCUGAACCAUUAGGCUCUCCAUUAAUUAUAAAUAACAUUGAUAAAGCAAAUUUCAUUGAAGAUAACGAAAUCACUUUAAAGAUCUCUUUUGAAACCACCAAGGACUGCACUGCUUUACAAUUUUUAGAUUCAAAGAACACCGAUGGCAAAGACUACCCCUACUUGUUCUCUCAAUCUGAAGCUAUUCAUUCAAGAUCAAUUUUCCCUUGUUUUGAUACUCCUUCAAUCAAAACCCCAUACAAGAUCAAAGUCACCUCUCCAUUACCAACUUUAACCUCAGCAUUGGUUGAUAAUACAAUUCAUGAAACAGAGAAAACAGAAAACACUUAUUAUUUCUAUCAGCCAAUUCCAAUUCCUGCCUAUCUUUUCGCCAUUGUUAGUGGUAACGUUGUUGGCAAAAAAAUUGGCGAAAGAUCAACCAUAUACUCUGAGCCAAUUAAAAUCGAUGAAUGCGCUAACGAAUUCAAAGAUAACAUUAUGGAAAAUUUUAUCAGAACGAUUGAACAAAUCGUCUUUGACUAUAAAUGGACGAAUUACGAUUUUGUGAUUUGUCCAAUUGCAUUUCCAUAUGGAGGAAUGGAAAACCCUCAAUUAACAUUAGCCAAUUCAACCAUUAUUUCUGGUGAUGGUGAAAAUAUCGAUGUCAUUGCUCAUGAAUUGGCUCAUUCAUAUUCAGGUAAUUUAGUAACAAACUGCUCUUGGGAACAUUUUUGGUUAAAUGAAGGUUGGACUGUUUAUCUCGAAAGAAGAAUUAUUGGUGCAAUUCAUGGUGAGGCCUCCAGACAUUUUAGUGCUAUUAUUGGCUGGAGUGAUUUGGAAACCUCAAUCAAAGCAAUGGAAAACAAAAACCAAUUGCAUUUUUCAAAAUUAAUUCAAAAUUUGAAAAACAAUAAAGAUCCAGAUGAUGCUUUUAGUACUGUUCCUUAUGAAAAGGGUUUUAAUUUGUUAUUUUAUUUAGAAAACUUACUAGGUGGUGUUGAAAAUUUUGAUCCAUUUAUCAAAUAUUAUUUUAAUAAGUUUAAUGAAAAAUCAUUAGACACCUACCAAUUUAUUGAUACAUUAUAUGAAUUUUUCAACACAAAGAAAUAUCAUGACUUGUUAAAUUCAAUUGACUGGGAAACUUGGUUAUAUAAAGAAGGUUUACCUCCAAAACCCAAAUUUGAUACAUCGUUAGUCAACAAAUGUUACGAUUUAUCAGACAAAUGGAUUAAAUUUAUUUUAGAUAAUAACAAAACCAACAAAAUUUUAAAAUUUGAUGAUUUUUAUAAAAAAUUUAAUAUUAAUGAUGUUGAAGAAUUUUCGUCAAAUCAAAAUGUUGUCUUUUUGGAUACUUUAACUGGAUUUAAUGAAAAAAUUGAUAAAUUUCAAUGGUCGAAUACUUUAAAUGGGCAAAUAGCAUUGAAAGCAAUGAAAAAAAUUUAUAGUAACUAUGAAAAAUCAGGUAAUGCAGAAGUUAUAUUUAGAUGGUAUAGAUUGUUAUUAACAGGUAGAAUCAAAGAAGAUUAUCAGACUUUUGCAGAUUGGUUAGGAACCGUUGGUAGGAUGAAAUUCGUUAGACCAGGAUAUAUUUUAUUAAAAGAAUGUGAUGAACAAUUAGCAAUUGAAACCUUUGAAAAAUUUAAAAAUAAUUAUCAUCCAAUUUGUGUUGCACUCGUUAAAAAGGAUUUAGGUAUUUAAGAUAGUGAUAUCAUGGCUCAUGACUAUAAUAAGACAAAAUUAAUUGCAUAUAAUUUUUUUUACUUUUUUUAUGGUUGACGAUAUUUUAAACAAUUAUGAUGAAACUAUUAUAUUUAUUUAAAUUACAUUAAAAUAAUUCAAUAAAUAUAUACAAUAUACAAUAUAUGAUAUACAACAUAUGAUAUACAACAUAUAAUAUACAACAUAAUGAUAAUAUGCGAG